AUGACCUCGUCUCCUCCAAUGACUGCUCAUUUGAGAUUUAACAACAACGCCAUGGAAAAUGUUGCGAAUGCAAAUGCCACUUCUGUGAAGCAACAAGUGAGCGUCUCGAACAAUAAUUCACAUACGGAGAGUAUGAAUCCAAAUAGAGAAACCGUGGACAGUAUUAAGCCGUUAUUUCGUCAAGUAGAAAUGAUACAACAACCUCAAUGUGUCACUUGUACAAAUCAAAAUGAGGAUGAAAGAAGUACCGACGACGAUGAUGGUUCGACCUCUAGUUCAUCUGAUUGUGAAUCUUCGUGUAGUACUUUGAAAAAAAAGAGAAGACGACGAGUGAAGCGAGGGGUUGAACCUCGAAAUGUGAUUGUUGAUGCAGCAAAUGGACAUGCAUCGCGAUCUUCUGUCACAACUGGAAACAAAUCUGCUACUCAAGAAAACAAGGAAACGACGAGUGAGGGAAGGGACACGUUUAAUGCUUCUUCUACGGUCGUUGUGAGGAGGAAACAACCUGAGCCAGCAAAAGAGACAUCCAGUUGCGACAAUUCCAUACUGGAGGAUCAGCAUUCGGCACCUGAAACAGAUAUUUCAGAAGCUCCUUCUAUUGGAAAACUGAAAGAUUUCGCCAAACUACAAGAAGAAUGCAACAAUGAAUUCAAAGAUUAUACACAAAAGAUGAAAGCCCUUGUUAAAGAUAUAAGUAUGCACGGAAAAGAGUUGGUGGAAUUGAGAUCCGCCGUAAAGCACAUUGAAAAGCGAGAAAGCAAAAAGGAAGGGGCAGCCACAACGGCGUUAACCAAGUCCAAAACUGCAAGCAACGCCACUGUGAAGAAAAAGAGGGUUUUAAAGUCUGCCUCGCCCCUCAAAAAAAAGUAA